AUGGCGUCCAUGUUGAUGGUGCAUAUGAAUCAAGGACAAGGGGAAACAAGCUAUGCUCGCAACUCCUUUGUUCAGAAUGGUGAGCAGAAGAGGAUGAAGCCCCUGAUAGAAGCGGCUAUCCUCGAUUUAUGCCCCAGCACUAGCACCUUGUUGCCCACAAAUAUGGUGAUUGCCGACCUGGGUUGCUCCUCUGGCCCAAACGCGAUAGCGCUAGUGUCGAUUGCCAUAGAGGCCAUCCACAAUCACUACCACCAGUUCUUACAGCCACCUCCCGAAGUGUCUGUCCUCCUCAACGAUCUGCCUGACAACGACUUCAACAUGGUGCUGAAGAGCUUGGUCACGCUACGUCGAAGCAACAAAUCUAUUGUCAUGACUGGGGUUUUACCCGGGUCGUUUUACGAGAGGCUCUUCACUAGUGGUUCCUUGCAUCUUGUCUGCUCGUCGAACAGCCUGCAUUGGCUCUCACAGGCUCCUGAAGGUCUGACAAGGAACCAGAUCCCGGCGUAUGACAUUGACGAGCAUACCAGGCUUGAAAGGCGCCCAAUGGUUCUUCAGGCUUAUGCACAACAGUUCAGGAAAGAUUUUACACGUUUCCUCGAGCUGAGGGCGAAAGAAAUGAUCCCAGGAGGCCGGAUGGUUGUUUCUCUUGUAGGGAGGGAUUCUGAUGUAAUCACCCCCGAAUUCUCUCCCCUCUGGGAAUUCAUAGCUCAGAUUCUAAGCGUCAUGGUCUCAGAGGGUGUAAUCGACAAAGCAAACUUUGACUCUUUCUAUUUGCCUGUGUAUGAACCUUCCAACAAAGAGCUGAGGGAGAUCAUCCAAGAUGAAGGCACAUUUUCAAUCACUGAGAUGCAGGUGAACAAUCCUUUUGUUGGUCUGGACAGCGCACUUGUGGUCCCAAGCAGGUUUGCUGGUGUAACCAGAGCCAUAUUUGAGCCGAUAAUAGUCCAUCAUUUUGGAGAAGUCAUGGAUGAAUUCGUGAGGACCUUGGAGCGACGCUGGAUCUUGGAAGGCAGCUUGCAAGUCGAUCUUGCCAAAAGCCCACGACCAAUGCUAGCGGUAUCCCUCAAGAAGGCAUGACCAGGCACACAGGUUACUCUAGUUCUUUGUGGUGGUGCCAUGAAGACAGAGAGUUCGAUGUACUCAUAUAUUUGAUUUUUCAGAUCUGGUGAGUUUAUGUUAUUGUGUCAUGUUGCUUUUGUUGGUUUGA